UAAAAAUAGGAAUUUGGACGGUUUUUUGACCCAAGUUGGCCUUUUUAGUUUUCUUUCAUUUGUUUGAUUGAUUAUUGGAAUUUUUAAUAUUUUUCUGGUUUCUGAUUUUUUCUGAGUUUCUGAUUUGGUCUCAUUGCCCCCUUUAAUCCCUUCAGUUCCUCUCUGAUUAAGCUUGUAAACAAAUAAAUAGUAAAAAAUGGGACCAAAACGUUGUAGGUCUUCUGGGUUCCUUUGGGGGUGUAGGUUUCUUGGUGAGGUCUUUAGGACUUCAGGGCUGACCCCAGAAAAAUUGGUUCUCUGAUUCUUUUUUGUUUUUCCGAUUCGAUUAUUGUUCUGACAUUUGUUGAUUUUCCCCAUAUUUUUAUGCUAGGAAUUCAAUAAUUAAUUGUUUAAGCUGUUCAGCGACUCAAUUUAACCUUUAAAAUUUUUAUAUUUUAAUUUCAGAUUUUUCCAAGAUUUCAUAUUAAAUGUACAUUUUUUUCAAUUUUGCUUCAUUUACAACUUCACUUUUGCAAAUAUUCUCAUUUUGUGUUAUUUAUUCGUCCAAUUUUGUUUUUGGCAUAAACAAGGAUUGGGAUCUUAAUUUUGCCUGUAGAGAGGAUUUGAAGGUUUAUUUUUUUAUAUUUUUUUGGGAGUAA